UUUUUCCAUCGCUGCUGCUGCAACGUGGGGUUUCCCAGCGCCGACUGCAGGGUUACCGCGCCCAUCUCAUCGGUCGAUGGCUGCUUGAGAGUCAUACUACGGACAGGGCAGGUGUUGGGUUUUGCAAAGGUGAGAAUCUAGACUCCCUUGUUGGUGAAGAAUAGUGACUUUUAAAAUUAGCUGGAUUGACUGCCAGUGCACUGUCAUCCACACAAGGCUUGUGGGUGUGAUUUCCCCCACCCCCUCCCCUCUCCGCCUGGUUGUCAAGCUCCCCAGCCGUAGCCUGCGUUCGGGAAGGGCUGCUCCUCAGAAAUCUACGCUAGCUGGCUUAGCUAGUUAGAAAGCUAGCACUGUGCUGUUCGUUGAUGCGUGGAUCGGAGGAAUACGCCGUCUUGGUUUCCAGUCAAUGCCAAAACGCAAAAACAGGCGCAGAUUGAAUCAGAUAAACAAGUGCCCUGAUAGUUGGAGUAAGGUAAUUAAAAAAGCAGGAUAAGAUGAGUGAACUGGACCAGUUACGCCAAGAGGCAGAGCAGCUCAAAAAUCAGAUAAGAGAUGCUAGAAAAGCAUGUGCAGAUGCCACACUAUCACAGAUUACAGCUAAUGUCGAAGCCGUUGGCCGAAUCCAGAUGCGUACAAGACGAACGCUGCGGGGUCAUUUGGCCAAAAUCUAUGCCAUGCACUGGGGGACAGACUCUAGGCUUUUGGUCAGCGCUUCUCAAGAUGGAAAACUCAUUAUUUGGGAUAGCUAUACCACAAACAAGGUUCAUGCCAUUCCACUUCGAUCUUCCUGGGUCAUGACUUGUGCAUAUGCACCUUCAGGAAACUAUGUGGCCUGUGGUGGCUUAGACAACAUCUGCUCCAUUUACAACCUGAAAACACGUGAGGGGAAUGUACGUGUGAGCCGUGAGCUCGCAGGACAUACAGGAUACCUGUCCUGCUGUCGCUUUCUUGACGACAACCAGAUUGUUACAAGCUCUGGAGAUACCACUUGUGCACUUUGGGACAUCGAGACAGGCCAGCAGACGACCACAUUUGCUGGACACACAGGUGAUGUCAUGAGCCUGUCUCUUAGCCCCGACACUCGGUCAUUCGUCUCUGGUGCUUGCGAUGCCUCUGCUAAACUCUGGGAUGUUCGAGAGGGGAUGUGCAGGCAGACUUUCACUGGCCAUGAGUCUGACAUCAAUGCUAUCUGUUUCUUCCCUAAUGGCAACGCCUUUGCCACGGGCUCUGAUGACGCCACCUGCAGGCUGUUUGAUCUGCGAGCUGAUCAAGAGCUGAUGAUCUACUCUCACGACAACAUCAUAUGUGGCAUUACCUCUGUUGCAUUCUCCAAGAGCGGCCGCCUUCUUCUGGCAGGAUAUGAUGACUUCAACUGUAAUGUGUGGGACACACUAAAAGCUGACCGUGCUGGUGUGUUGGCUGGACAUGACAACCGCGUUAGCUGCCUGGGAGUUACUGACGAUGGCAUGGCAGUUGCAACAGGAUCCUGGGACAGUUUUCUGAAGAUCUGGAAUUGAAGCCUGAAGGUUCUUUUUGUCGUAUUUGCAUUAAAGAUGUUCUUUUAACUCCAAAGUUGACUGGAAGACCAUUACAACUUGAGAAUGUUCACAGCGUCAUCUUCAACACUGUUUAAACUGACUUGGACACCACAAAAACGAAGGGAAACCAAUGCCUUUCCUACACAAAGAAGAGCACAAUUGUUUAUCACCUAGUUAAGAAAGGAUCUCCUGUGGUAUCAAAUCAGAAACUUGUGCAUUCCUUC